CGCUAGAGGCCGACGGUGGGGGUGUAGGGAGAGGGUGUUGCCGCCAUUUUGUAGGAUGUUUGUCGCAGCGACUGGGAGAGAAGACGGCGGUUUGGUGACAAUUACUGGCCAAAGGGCCUUUUACUUUUGCGGAGAUGAGGCAUUCCAAAAGAACUCACUGCCCUGACUGGGAUAGCAGAGAAAGCUGGGGACAUGAAAGCUACAGUGGAAGUCACAAACGGAAGAGGAGAUCCCACAGUAGUACACAAGAGAACAGACAUUGUAAACCACAUCACCAGCUUAAAGAAUCUGAUUGUCAUUAUUUAGAAGCAGGGUCCUUGAAUGAGAGAGAUUAUCGGGACCGGAGAUACAUUGAUGAAUACAGAAAUGACUACUGCGAAAGAUAUGUUCCUAGACAUUAUCACAGAGAUGUUGAAAGCAGUUAUCGAAUCCACUGCAGGAAAUCUUCACUCCGAAGCAGGAGAAGCAGUCCUAAAAGGAAGCGUAAUAGACACUGUUCAAGUAAUCAGUCACGUUCGAAGAGCCACCGAAGGAAAAGAUCCAGGAGUAUAGAGGAUGAUGAGGAGGGUCACCUGAUCUGUCAAAGUGGAGACGUUCUAAGAGCAAGAUAUGAAAUCGUGGACACUUUGGGAGAAGGGGCCUUUGGCAAAGUUGUAGAGUGUAUUGAUCAUGGCAUGGGUGGCAUGCAUGUAGCGGUGAAAAUCAUAAAAAAUGUGGGACGAUACCGUGAAGCAGCUCGUUCAGAAAUCCAAGUAUUAGAACAUUUAAAUAGUACUGAUCCCAAUAGUGUCUUCCGAUGUGUCCAGAUGCUAGAAUGGUUUGAUCAUCAUGGUCAUGUUUGUAUUGUGUUUGAACUCCUGGGACUUAGUACCUAUGAUUUCAUUAAAGAAAACAGCUUUCUGCCAUUUCAAAUUGACCAUAUCAGGCAAAUGGCAUAUCAGAUCUGUCAGUCAAUAAAUUUUUUGCAUCAUAAUAAAUUAACCCAUACGGAUCUGAAGCCUGAAAAUAUUUUAUUUGUGAAGUCUGACUAUGUAGUCAAGUAUAAUUCAAAAAUGAAACGUGAUGAACGCACACUGAAAAACACAGAUAUCAAAGUUGUUGACUUAGGAAGUGCAACAUACGAUGAUGAACAUCAUAGUACUUUGGUAUCUACACGGCAUUACAGAGCUCCAGAGGUCAUUUUGGCUUUAGGUUGGUCUCAGCCUUGUGAUGUUUGGAGCAUAGGUUGCAUUCUUAUUGAAUAUUACCUUGGUUUCACAGUCUUUCAGACUCAUGAUAGUAAAGAGCACCUGGCAAUGAUGGAACGUAUGUUAGGACCCAUACCAACACGCAUGAUUCAGAAAACACGGAAACACAAGUAUUUUCAUCAUAAUCAGCUAGAUUGGGAGGAACAUAGUUCUGCUGGUAGAUAUGUUAGGAGACGCUGCAAACCAUUAAAGGAAUUUAUGCUUUGUCAUGAUGAGGAACAUGAGAAACUGUUUGACCUGAUUCGAAGAAUGUUAGAAUAUGAUCCAGUGAAAAGAAUUACCUUGGAUGAAGCAUUGCAGCAUCCUUUCUUUGACUUAUUAAAAAAGAAAUGAAAUGGAAAUCAGUGGUCUUACUAUACUUCUCUAGAAGAGAUUAUUUAAGACUGUGUCAGUCAACUCUAAACAUUCUAAUAUUUUUGUAAACCUUAAAUUAUUUUGUACAGUUAAGUGUAAAUGCUGUAUGUUUUGUAUCAAUAGCAUAAUUAUCUUGUUAAGCAAAUAUGGUCUUGAUAAUGAAUGAAAUAUAAAAGCUAAAAUUAAUUUUCCUUUUUUGAGAUUAAUUACCAUUUUUAAAGACCUUUGGAAUAUCUUUUGUGUCCAGCGAUAAAUGCGAUUGAUCUUGCUUUUUUGUACAUGGAGGUUGACUCUUGGAAGUGAUUUUUGUGUUUUGUUUUUUGUUUUUUUUGAGUAAAAGGAAAUCUUGGCUACUUCA